GGCAUCAGUCAGUGCGGAUGACAAAUCUGUCGCGAUCUGACUAUAGUACCCCGGAUUAUCGUUAUCGCAACGCAUCGGACGCGAUUCUUCCUGCCAGGCGUAGCAAUCAUGAUCCUGCUGGAGAUACACAACAGGAUACUCGAGGAAACGUUGACGAACAAAAUCAAGAAUGCCUUGUCAGGACACAAGCAGGAGUCGACAGAUGUUAUCAUAGCGGACUUUGACGGAGUAUUGUUUCAUAUUUCAAAUCUCAGCGGGGACAAGUCGAAGCUUAGAAUAAGUAUUCUGCUCAAAUUUUAUAAACAGUUGCAAGAAUAUGGUGCGGAUGAGUUGCUCAAACGAGAGUACGGGUCCCAUCUCAUUGCACCAGAGAGCGGUUACAAUGUAUCGGUGCUCAUAGAUUUAGAGAAGUUACCAGAAGACUGGGAGGCAUUAGUGAGGAAAGUUGCUCUAUUGAAGAGACAUUGCUUUGCCAGUGUCUUUGAGAAGUACUUUGAUUUUCAGGAAGAGUAUUGCGAUUCUCCAGGCAGACCAGUACAGAAGAGGGCUGUUAUCCAAUAUCGAGAUGAGGAAACAAUGUAUGUAGAGGCCAAAAGUGACAGGGUCACAGUAGUAUUUAGCACAAUAUUCAAGGAUGAGGAUGACAUGGUCAUUGGUAAAUUGUUUCUUCAAGAAUUGAAAGAAGGCAGGCGAGCAAGUCACACCGCUCCGCAAGUCUUAUUCAAUCAUCGCGAACCUCCGUUGGAGCUACAAGAUUCCGAGGCAGCGGUCGGAGAUUGCAUUGGUUAUAUCACAUUCGUGCUGUUUCCACGUCAUACUAAUCGAGAAGCACGCGAUAAUACCAUCGACUUGAUACACAUGUUUAGGAAUUACCUGCACUAUCAUAUUAAGUGCAGUAAGGUUUAUAUUCAUUCGAGAAUGCGUACUAAGACGACGGACUUCCUUAAGGUGCUGAACAGAGCGAGAUCUCAAUCCAAAAACACUGAAAAGAAAACUAUCACAGGACGAACAUUCAUCAGGAAAGAAUGAGUAUACUGGAGAAGUGAAAGUGCUGAUAUUUCUUAAGGGGAGAAAACGAAGGGUAGAGUGUGGUUGGGAAGGUCCUACAAACAAGAUUUCCCGCGAAGGCAUUCCUUGAUUCGCGCGGUAUCGACACGUUAAGAGUUUGGACCUUUGAGUUUUAAUCUGUAUCACGAACAGUGCCCUAUAUUUAGGAAAGACGUAGCGUCGCGUUAAGUUAAGGAGUAAGGAAGGAAAGGAGAAUCACAGUUUCGUGUCGACUUAGUUAAGCCGACAACGCCUCAAUUACUCAGAAAGAAUAUUCGAAGAUGCUAUUGUUACAUCAGUGUACUGUGGGUUGACAGUUAAUGCUAUUACGAAUAUUGCUCGUUAUGCAAAACGUUUUGUCGAUUUUUACAGUGUGAUCUAGGAUUGGAAUACAAUACCACUGAAACUUCUAGAAGGAUGGAUUCCAUUACAUAUUAAGCUGGUUGUUACAUGAAACAAUUUAUUAUAUGUUACAUUCUCAACUACAUUUGGCACUUUGUGAACGAAUACAUUGAAUGCAGAUAGUGUUACAGUGAGAAACUUCUUCAAAAUGAAAUCGUGAGAUAUCUUUAAAAAGAUAGAAAAAAAUACGUUUAAAUUUUCAAUUUGUUGAAUCUGUGAUUUACUCAUUGUGAAAUCUUGGGGGCAACAUUAUUUAAGUCGUCAGAAGUUACUAAACUAAGAAAAAUAAGAGAAAAAUGCCAAUUAACAAUUUUAUUUUUCACAUUUUACACGUUCUAGCUCGAUCAUCGAGCGAACAAAAUAAUUGUUGAAUAGCGCGAUAAUUUUUUUUUUUUCGAUACUACUUUUAUCAUCUACUUAAUGACUAUACAUUCGAUUAUUGUGAAAGAUAAUAAAACGACAUUAACAAUCUACACAA